GGGUUCCCCUCCAAUUUGUCUUCUACCAAAUUCCAUACGGUAUCAGAGUCGGGUUCUCAGAACUAGGGUUUCUGCUUUUUCACCCGCAUUCUUUCUCUUCUCUGAACUCCAGCCGUCAUGGCAGAAAAUGCAUCCACAGAUGCAAGCACAAGCUCUGGAGGUAACAACAACAACAACAACAACACCACACUCACUGCUCAGGCACAACUACCAACUAUGACAAAUCCAUUUUAUGUAAACCCUAAUGAGGCACUGGUCUUCCCCAUCAAACUCACCGGCACCAACAACUACAAUCAGUGGAGCAGGACAGUUCGUGUGGCUCUUAAAAGCAAGAACAAGAUGGGCUUCAUCAAUGGCAUCAUCCCAAUUCCAGAUUCGCUUCAUGCUUCCUACCCAGCUUGGGAACAGAGUAAUACCUCAGUCCUCUUCAUGAUUCUUGGAUCUUUGCAUCCUAGCUUAGUAGAUUCUAUCUCUUCCAUGGAAAAUGCUCGAGUUGUUUGGAAUGACCUCAAACAAAGAUUUGGACAAGCAGAUAAUAUGAGAAUCAGUGAUCUGCAAACUGUUGUUUAUACUUCGAAGCAAGGAAACAAGUCUGUGAAUGAGUUUUAUACUGAACUUAAGAGCUAUUGGGAAGAAUUGAAUCAGUUCCUUCCAAUUCCAGGAUGUUUGUGUGGUGAUAUUCAGGCUAGAACUGUGCCAUGUGUUACUGAGGUUGUAAUUAAAUGGUACAGGGAUAAUGAAUAUGUGAUGAGGUUUCUUAAGGGACUUAAUGACUCAUAUGAAGGGGUGAGAACUAAUCUAUUCAUGAUGAGUCCAUUACCCCCAAUGGAGACUGCUUUCCACUUUGCCAUUCAACAUGAAAGGAAACUUUCAGCUAAGGCAAAUCAGGAAUCUGCAGUAGAGUCAGUGGCUCUUCUUCCCCCAUCAGGAUCUCAAGGAAAAGGAAAAGAGACACCAAAAGGGAAUCUAUUCUGCAGAUAUUGCAAAAGGGACAAUCAUGUGAUUGCAGACUGUUAUAGGCUUAAAAGGAAGAACAAGGAAGCAUGACACUCAUCUGGAGGUUUUGCUGGUUAGUUACAAGGAAUGGACUCACCUUCUAAAAGCAUUCUUGGCAGGCCAGAUUCACCGAAUGCUAAUGAAUCAGGGGGUGGAUU